AUGGCGGAAAUGUUGCGCUUGUGGGCUUUUUGCAUACUUUUUACACUGACAACCGCUGCUACUCUUAACAAAGCACCGGUAUUUAACAAAGUCAACGAAGAACCCAUGGUUAGGAAUGCCUUUCCAUCAACGUUUACAGUAAUGCCACGUAUAGCAAACGGUAAUCGUGCAGAAGUCGGCGUUUUUCCUUGGCAUGCUUUCUUGAUAAUUAAAUAUCGUACAAAUAAACCAGAGGAUCCCCCUACAUUUUGUUCUGGCGCUAUUUUGAAUGAAGAAUGGAUUAUUUCAACAGCCGAAUGUCUCUCAAAUGCAGUGACAGUUCGUGUAGAUGUUGGAUCCGUUAACAUUAAUACCCCAUCCCGCAGUGUCUAUCCAUAUUCGUCUACAUUACAUCCAGAUUAUAACAAUACUAAUGGUUUGUUCAAAAAUAAUAUUGCCCUUCUUCGUUUAUCUGGAGAGAACAUGUUAAAUUUCGAUGGAGUUAAUGGAGAAUAUGCACCAGUGCGUUUACCAAAUAAACGACAAAUUAAUGAAACGUUCGUCGGAUAUGAAUCGUAUUUUACCGGCUUUGGAUAUCCUUCACAGAAUAGCAAAAAUAUUAGCGAAUAUUUGCUUUUUGCUGAGCAAAUGAUCAUAAGAAAUAUCGAGUGUCAGGGUUUCUAUGGAAAUAAUUUGGAAUUGAUUUCGGAUAAUGUGAUUUGUUCUCUAAGUGUGAAUUUGCGUCAAGGUAUAUGUUUUAGAGAUAAUGGUGGACCUUUGGUUGUCAACGAAUAUGGUACAAACACACUCGUUGCCGUCCUUAGCUUUGUGCAUAAGACAGGAAAUUGUGGCAAGGAAGCCAGUCCCGCCGUUUAUACUCGCAUUACCAAAUAUUUUGAAUGGAUAUCGAAUAUUACGAAGUAUCAAAUUAGACCAUAAUUUGGUUGAUUGAAAAAAAGUUUUACUAAAGAACAAUGCCAAAAAGUGAGCCAGCUGUCAUUGCUUGCAAAUUUGUCAAACCCUGCGGCUAUCAUAACAAAACAACGUACGUUUAAUUCACGAUAGAAGGAUUCACCCGAAAAAUCAAAUGAUAUAAAUAUAAAAAUUAUUUUAUUUUAUUUUUAUUAUUCCAAUUAUUUUCAAUGAUUAAUACU